AUGCAAUCUGAAGCGAGUUGCAGCUACACAUAUUCAAUUCUAUUGACCCGAUAUCAAAUUCUUGAGAGCGCUUUUUCCGCUGUGGUCGGCGUCCAGUACGAAGGGACAACGAGAAGAGUCAAUCACCACACAAUACCAGGACUCCUCUUUGCGGACGAUCUAGUAUUGAUGGCUCACAACUGUAAGGAACUUCAGGAGCUAUUGGUGAUAACCUCUGCAUUCGGAAGAACGAGGCAAUUAACAUUCAAUCCGAAGAAGAGUGCAGUGGUUGUAUUCUCGAAUCACUCAAUCGGCGACAGCAGCAGGCUGCAAGUACAGGGUAAAGUACUGCCGGUGAGUCACGAAUACACCUACCUCGGGAUAACAUUGAGUGACGAGCAGAACUAUCUCUCGAAACACGAAGAGAAGUUGGAAAUGAUGGCGAAGAAAACUCUUCACCAGAUGCACGCCCAGAUUCUCUGGGGAUUCCACAAGUUUGAAAUGUCCAGAGCUUACUGGAAAGGCGUCGCUGUCCCGAAGCUAACCUAUGGCAAUGCUGUCACGACAAUGACUGCAAAGACCGCUGAAGCGUUAGAAAAAGCCCAGCGAGAGGCAGCUCGAUGGGCUCUGAGCAUAACCGGAUGGAGAGUUGCGAACGAGUUUCUAUCAUCCGAACUAAACUGGAGCUCCUUCGAAGAAAGGGAGGCCAAGAGUAAGCUCAGAUAUUUUGCAAGAAUCCAAUCUAUGCCAGAUUCACGAUGGCCCAAGAUGAUGCUGAACGCAAUGGAUCUGCAGAAAAUACGAACGAAGGCCUACGAGAAGAUGGAGGCUCUCCGAUCCAAGUUCGACUGCGACACACUGACGGUCGAACACGAUGAGGAAAGAGGAGCACUCCUUGGAGUCUACUAUCGGAGACUAGCCGAGAAAGUGAAGACCAUGCAAGACAAGGCCUGGGAGGAAGGCAUGGCAGGGAAAUCGACCCUCGAGAUGUACCGAACCCACAAGGAGUCCAGAACAACUGCCACGCACACAUACGACAAUAGCAGAGGAUCUGCUUUGCUGGCUCUUGCAAGAGCUGGAAUCCUACCAACAAAAUGCUUCAACAUAUUCCUCACUGCCUCCGACAACUACUGUGAAAGAUGUGGAGUUCAUCCUGAAACACUGGCACACGUGAUCUUCAAAUGCAAUGAGUUCUACCACACCAAUGAGGACCUCGCCGCUCGCCUCGGCCUAAGCAAGGAGCUGAAUCCAGCAUUGGUGCACGAAACGAAGCGUCUCCUAGGAGCAUGGGAUCGCGAAAGAAGAAAAGGAUCCGCUGAGAAACUCGCGCCUGAAGUGAAAGGCUGA